UCAUAUAGAUUUAUUUAGCACAUUAGACAUUUUGGGCCGUUACGUAAGGUUCAGACGAAUACGUCGCCUUAUCUUAUAGAAUCUUGAGACAUUAAACUAAAGUGGACAAGAACUCUGAAAGAAAAUGUUCACGCCGGUAGCUUUCAUAUUCUGUGCAGUGUGCGCAUGUGCGUCCGUGCUGGCGCAGGCGCCCAAGCCUGGUUGUGACGACAUCAGCACGAGCGCGUGCCAGCUAAUGGCUGCCAGCCGUCCGGAUCUGUGUUCGGACCCGGCCAUCAGUCAAUCCGCCUGUCCGAGGUUCUGCAAAUUAUGCCCGCUGGAAUGCUACCACUGCAACGCCACUGUCUUGGAUUUUCCCGAGUGUAACACCACCAAGCAGUGCAUGUCGGGCGAGGCUUGCAUGCUCAAGGAACUCAAGUCGUUCGUGGACGGCCAUCACGAGUACGAGAUGACGUGCGCUCCCUCCGAGCACUGUGAUGGUGGAUCCGGGUUGUCUAUCGCAUUUGGGAGACGAGAAUUAAAGUCACGUGAUCUGUCGGUCUCGUGCUGUACAACCGACAACUGCAAUUAUCCCGCCGGUGCGGCAACACCUCCAACUGUAUCAGUAGGUACAGUGACCGGCUGCCCCAAGGACAUCGUGUUCCUGGUAGACGAAGGUUCCCGUGACCUACAUUCACAUCACAACGACAUCCUGCUGGGGCUUGCCACUGUUGUCAGCUCCAUACCGGUCGGCUCGAGCCAGAACCAGGUAGCUUUGGUUGCGUACAGUAACCAGGUAAGCCCAAAGUUUGACCUGGAUGAUCACACCAACCAGGCCAGCCUGCUGCAGAGUCUUAAGAGCAGCGACAUCCUCGUUGGUAAAAAUAUGGGGUCCGACGCAACUAUGGCCAUUGAGUACCUUGUGCACAACACGUUUACCCCAUCUCGAGGCGACCGCUCACAGUUUAUUAACACCGUUGUAAUCAUUACCGAUUCCGACAGCGCGCCACUUUCCAGGAUCAUGUUCUUGGACCACGCCGUGUUGGCAAGCAAGAGCAGAGACGUUCUGGUGGUGAGCGUGGGACCUUCAAUGGGGUCAAACGCCAUCGAGGAGCUCGGGGAUUCCGUCGUGCACAUCAAUAACUCCCCUAACCUCUCAUCGGACCUGGCCGCUCAAAUCCUCGCCUUCUUGAAACAUUGCUGAUUUUUUGUUAGCAAAUAAAAUGCAACGUUGA